AUGGGAGUAGUCCGGGUGUUCGGUAACGAUAACGAAACGGGACUGUUUUUUGUAGGGAAAUCGAACGCGCACAGGUGCGACAAAUGCGGCAAAUCGUACAAGCACCAGGCGACGCUGUGGAACCACAGGAACUUCACCUGCAAGGAGAACGCCUCGCAGUUCGACUGCGGCCACUGCGCGUUCAGUUCCAAGUACGCGCACAGCCUGCAGCAGCACGCUUUCAGCAGGCACAACAUCACCCUCUCGCGGGGCGAGAUUAUGAAAAGUUUCAAGGAGAAAUCGGAUCUGUUUACCUGCUAA